UAAUGUAAUUAAAUAAAGUAAAAAGAAUAAAAUUAAUAUUGAUUUCCUAAACACUUGAAAACUCUCUUUCAAGACUUUUGAUUUUUGGGAUCUAAAAAUCUCAAAUUCUCUUCGAAACAUGGAAAAUUCUUAGAAGUAUAAAAAAUUCCUGAAAAUGAAAUUCUUGAAAAUGUGAAAAAUUCUUAAUUUUUCUUACUGUUUGUAUACUUUAUACACAUACAUACAUAUUGCUAUAUCCAAACUAUAUUCUUUAUAGCGUUUUCGACUGGGCCGGGUCGAACACCUCCUAGGGCGAUUCAACCUGAUGUUGUUCAAUUCGGCCCAGUCGAAAACGCUAUUAUUCAAAUUACAGACAUCUAAAAAUGUCCUUAAAUAAGACAUGUCGGAAACAUCUUAAACGAAGUCAUUGGAUUCUAAAUGGUCGAGCCGGCUAGCUCGGCGAGCAGCGAGGAAUACAGCACGAGAGACUAAGGAGACUGGUACCGUGUCGAAGCCAGAGCCGAAGCCCGAAGCUUCGAGAUCACACGUUGUGCGCGGUGGACGCGCCUCCUCUUUGUGUGCGUGUCCUCACCACCACCCGAUUUUCGGGUGAGCCGCGCUCUCGUCCUGGCAUUAUUACCGAAUCACCGUACGCACUCCCGUCCCGAGGCUCCCGAGCCCGAGCGGAGAAGCGUGGCGGCGCUGGACGGCCACGGCACGACGGCACGGGACACGGGACGGUGUAUCGGUAGUACGGGUCGGCACGGCACCGUGCAGCGCGUCCCGCGUCCGCCAGCACUAGACCAGCAGCGAGAGCGGGCGGUGGACUGUCGAGAGCGUGGUGGCAGGAGGCGACGAGGUGGUGAGGUGAGGCGGCGGAGAAGGAGAGCGGUCGCUGGCGCGGCUCACACGUCCGUGCGCCCCGUGCGGUGAUAUGCGAGAGGAGAGCCGCGCAACGCCGGGUAAACGUUCACUGGCCGGAGCGGAGUAACGCCGCGCGCGUUUUCGCCGGACGGAGUCGGCGGGCCCCGACGUGGCCGCCCGUCGCGCGAGUUUCUGUCAGAAGUCGUGCCCCGAAACGCCCGGCGGCUAUGACGGGUCUGACACGGGCGUCGUAGAUCGGCCGUCGCCGCCGUCGCCGUCAACGGAGUCGUUGCGCGCGUAUACGCGCGCGGUGUCUCCGACCUUCCAAGUUCGGCCGGGGGCCCCCCGCCCGCCCCCCCGUACGACAUGGCGGGCUUUCGUGACAGGGACAGGGCCCUGUUCCCGAUCCGGAGCAUCUCCGCGAUCGUGCAGAUCUUCAAGAAUCAGCUGGAGAACAGCGCCGAGCCGGACCUCGCGCUGCUCUCGAUCCUCGUCGGCGCCGUCGAGAACUCCCUGACGUGCAACCGCGUCUUCACCCCCCAGGAGAACGCCGUCUACGACGAGCCCAAGCUGCCGCCCGUCGAGUACCACAUCGCCGAGGCGCUCUACACCAAGUUUCACGCGGUAAUCAAGGGCGCCGUCGAUCUCACCGUCUACGACACCAAGUACGCCACCCGGGAGCUCGUCAAGAAGGUGUCGGACGUGAUAUGGAACUCCCUCACCAGGAGCUACUACAAGGACCGGGCGCAUCUGCAGAGCCUGUACAGUUACCUGACGGCGAACAAGCUCGACUGUUACGGAGUGGCCUUCGCCGUGGUGGCCGGCUGCCAGGUUCUAGGGUUCAAGGACGUGCAUCUCGCCAUGUCGGAGGACCACGCGUGGGUCGUGUACGGGGAGGAUGGUACGGAGACCGCGGAGGUUACAUGGCAUGGUAAGGGAAACGAGGAUAAACGCGGGCAACCGGUGGAGCCUGGGGUAGCGUCUCGAUCGUGGUUGUAUUUAAACGGCCAAGCGAUGGUGUGCACUCGUGCUCUGGAAGUGGCUACCAUAGUGUCCGCUAUAAAUCCUAGUCUGAAUGGGACUACCGACGCGGCCGAGGUAGCGUUGCUCCAGCAGGAGUUGCUGUGGCUGCUGUAUGACUUGGGCCAUCUAGCAAAGUAUCCUAUGGCGCUUGGUAACCUGGCCGAGUUGGAAGAGGCUGCGCCUACACCUGGGAGACCACCGCCUAUAGACCUUUUUCAGGAAGCCGUAAGAUCGGCAAGGAAAUACUAUGGAAACGCGCACGUCUAUCCCUACACUUAUCAAGGUGGAUAUCUGUACCGGCAUGGAUUACACGUCAACGCGUUUGCGUCGUGGGCCGACGCCGCGGAUGUUUUGCGGAAAUACGAUUAUUCGCGGGACGACGGGGAAAUAUACAAGGAAUUGCUGGAGAUCGCCAACGAAUUGAUACCGCACGCGGUACGCGUGGACGAGCGCUUAUUACGGCAGCCACGUUCCUUCGCGUACCUGCUGAGAUUUUACGAUGGUAUUUGUCAAUGGGAGGAGGGCGCCAACACUCCCGUGCUGCACAUAGGUUGGGCCCGUCCGCUGGUGGGCACGAUCUCCAAGUUCGACGCCAGUAUACGCGCCCAGGUCGUCAUAGAGUGCUACGAAACGGAGGCCAAGCAGAAGGAGGAAACGGCGCACAAGAGGGAGACGAGUCCCGAGGAGACCCUGAACAACAACAACAACAAUUACUGUAAGACCAAGGAGAGAGGAAACGCGGCGCGAGAUUUGAUCAAGAGCCUAGAAUCCAAAGUGCCCUCCAAUUCGGCGUCGACACAUCCCAGUAUUCAAGCACUGACGGCGGCCUGCAGCGAGAAGAUACUUAAUAGAGAUUACCUGCUACAGGGCGGCGGCGAGCCGUUCGUCGCGCCGUCGGACGACGCUCUACCACCGGCGCCCUCCACUUCCAAGGAGAACGUCGAGCCUGAAGUAGUGACUGACUCCGAGAACGAGAGGCCGAGGAUAACGUUGUACAGUCAGAAGAUGAAGGGCCUCAAGGAUCUGCUGCUCGCGGAGAAGCUCAACACCCACGCGAUAUCGCUGCAGCUCACGGCGCAGAGCCAGGUACAAAUCGGUAAGAAGUCGCGCGGCGGCGACGACGUGGGUGUCAGUCAGCGUCCCAAGAGGACGCGUCGGGAAUAGUAUAAGAUCCUCGACCGACGUUUCGGUAUAGUAAAGUAUUGAAAGUGCCACCACACACACUUCUCGAGAGAUUAAAACUCUCCGCUCGUGCUCGCCGAGCGGAGGAUACGAGACGCGAAACGGCCAAGCUUAUUCGGCGCGGCCUUGCGCAAACCAAGUCAUUAAGGUAUACCGACCUCCUCGCUCUCGGUGUCUGGGUGUCUCCCGCGCCGGGGCGCGGAUUCUCCUCGGUUAGACUCCUCCGGAAUCUCGACUCGAGAGCGUCGUGAUGAAUUUCGUGCCGUUUGAUUUGAAUGAAGCCCUCCACGGUGCUCCUCUCGUUUUGCAACGAUGCCGCGAGUUCUUGCGAGACAACGUUUACGUUACCGUCGGGGAUAUAUCGCCGUUAGUACAUAUAUAGAGUAUAAAGUAGGUAAUGGAGAGAAAAUUUGUAGAAAAGUACAAAAAAGUUUUCCCCCAACUUUUUAAGUUAAUAGACGGAUAAUCGCGAGUCGCUCUCCCGUUGUCUCGCUGAGAUCGUCAAACUCGUGACUCGAGUAUUUUUGUCUGUAAAUAUAUCUCUCUUGAUUCUUCCACAGUGCGUAUAUGGAGCUGUGACUUGCGGUAUAAGAGGGGGCGGAAAGAGUGGAAAAAGAAUCGAAUAUUGUACCUAAAUCUGUCUCCGCGGGUAGACCGAUCUUUUUUGGAGCACAGUUAUUUAUUCUACGAAUUAUACAAUUUGCCGAUGAUAAUCGCCGACGGGCACGCUCGUCGGCGACCGUCACUUUGUCAUACGUAUAUAAUCUCUUGUUGCACUCUUAUUUAUUGAUUCACGUUUUUUCUAUUUGAGCUAUUGCACUAUUGAUAAUUACGAUUGACAAGUUGCCGUUAAUGUUUUUUACACUUGGUAGUUGAACUUCUGUUAGAAUUACGCUUCUACGAUCUAGUAAGGGAAAACACAUUCCACUCCGCAUGUGGUGCAAAUUAAUUAAGUUCUUACCUUAAGGUAUUUUAAGCAUCAAAUUCUCGCUUAUUUUUAUAACUAUUUAUUUUCGGAAUAAUUAAUUAAUUUUAAGUAUCUGUAUUUGUAAGACUUUUCUAUUUUACUGUUUGUCGAAUAGGAGCGUUAGACAGUUCGUCAUCCUGAUCUUUGAAUCUGAACCAUCUGAGUGCGAAAGAUGA